AUGAGACAUGGUGAAUUAAGCAGUCUCCGAUCUCUUGCGAGGCCCCUCACCAAUCAUCUCCCUCCAAGAGAGCUCAACCGCCGCCGGCCAACAGAAUAUUCUCCGGCGUCGGCCCUGCAAAAUUACAUAAACUCCGAUAACCCGUCUCCCGGCCAGAAGAUUCAUGCCCACAUCCUCAAAACCGGCUUCACUCCCGACCUCAACAUCUCCAUCAAGCUCCUGAUUCUAUACCUCAAAUCCUCCAACCUGCUCUACGCCCGACAGGUGUUCGACCAAUUGCCCAGAAGAACUCUUUCGGCCUACAACUACAUGAUUUCGGGCUACACGAAACACGGGCCGGUCGAAAAAUCACUAGAACUCGUCAGGCAUCUAUACCUCUCGAACGAAAAGCCGGACGGGUUCACAUUCUCCAUGAUCUUGAAGGGCUCGACAGCCGCAGGCCCGGGUCAUCAUCGGAUAGGGACCGAAGUUCACACCCAGAUAAUAAAAUCCGGCGUAUUGGGUGAUGAAGUGCUCUACACUGCGCUGGUCUAUUCUUAUGUCAAGAGCGAGAGAAUCGAGUACGCACGGAAGGUGUUCGAUUUAAUGGUAGAACAAAAUGUAAUAUGCUCGACUGCGAUGAUCACGGGCUACAUGAACAAGGCCCGUGUGAGGGAUGCCGAGGAUGUGUUCGACAAAACUUUUGAGAAAGACGUGGUGGUUUACAAUGCCAUGAUCGAAGGAUACAGUAAAUCGGUCCAAACCGCUAAAAAUGCAGUCGAGACUUACAUCGAUAUGCAACGCGUGGGUUUUAAGCCAACAAUAUCGACGUUUGCUAGCAUUAUCGGGGCAUGCUCUCUUUUGUCAGCAUUUGAAGUCGGCCAACAAGUCCAAGGGCAAAUAAUGAAAACCGAUUUCUUCACGAACGUGAAAAUCGGGAGCGCGCUCGUGGACAUGUAUUCGAAAUGCGCCCAUACGGACUACGCGCGACGAGUUUUCGACCGAAUGUCGAGUAGAAACAUUUUUUCAUGGACUUCCAUGAUAGACGGGUACGGGAAAAACGGGAGCCCGGACGAGGCAUUACAACUCUUCGACGAAAUGGUGAAUAAAUACAAAAUCACGCCGAAUUAUGUCACGUUUCUCGGUGCACUAUCCGCAUGUGCCCAUGCGGGUUUAGUUGCAAAAGGGUAUGAGAUUUUCGGGAGCAUGGAAAGGUUUUACGGGAUGAAGCCGAGGAUGGAGCACUAUGCGUGCAUGGUGGAUUUAUUGGGUCGGGCCGGGAGUUUGGACCGGGCGCUUGAGUUUGUGGUGGGGAUGCCCGAGGAGCCCAAUUCGGACGUUUGGGCUGCAUUGUUGAGUUCUUGCAGGCUGCAUGGUGACGUGGAGCUUGCUAGGAUAGCUGCGGCCGAGCUUUUUAAGGUGAGCGGGGAGAGUAGGCCCGGUGCUUAUGUGGCGUUGUCGAAUGCGUUGGCGGAUGCCGGGCGGUGGGAGAAUGUGAGCCAACUGAGGGAGGUGAUGAAGGCAAGAGGGAUUUCAAAGGGCACAGGGUUUACUUGGAUUGGGACUGAUGAUGGUUUACUGGCUUUUCAUGCUGGGUAG